AUUGAUUAAACAACAAGUUCUAUAUAAUGUGUCAAAUUUUAAAUUUGAGAACUUACGGUAUGAGCUGUUCACCAAAAUGGUUUUACAAAAAAAAAGAAACACAAAUCGAAAUAUUGAAAAUACUCACUCUAAUUUAUCAAAAACACAGUUAUUUUACGAAAAUAAAUACAGAACUUUUUAAAGUAAUUGACUUGGGAAAUUAUAUCAAAGUGAUAAAGGAAUACGAAGGAAUAUUAAAAUCUUAUGAUGUUUUGAAAGAAGAUCAACAGGCGACAUUUUCAUCAAUAAAAAAGAUAAAAAGAAGUCCUCACAGGACCAUUUUAUUAACGAAGCUUCGAUUACUUUCAUACGAAAAUAAGAAAAGAUUUCAACAAUUGAUGUUUUUUUUGAAAGAAAUACUUUUUUUUUCGUUUCGAAAAUUAUCAAAAAAUGACAAUACUCCAACCUUUGGCCUAGAGCUUGUAGGUGUUUAUAAUAGAUGCAACUCGGUCUUCAAUAAGUUGGAGAUAAAUGUGUUCAAUUCAAGUAUUUGCAGCAACACUUACCCUAAUCUUCUAUUGCCUCAAUCAAAUUUAAAAUUUUGUGCAGUAUUACAACUUUUUUCACAGAGAAUAAUUGAAAAAAACACUUUGGAAAUACUUCUAGAACUUCUUAACAUGGGUGGUGAUCUAAAUAAUUUUGAAAAACAAACCGAUUGCUCUCCAUCAAGCUUAGAGGCACUUAAUAUCUUGACACAAAACAUAUUUCACGAAAACGUCUUAUUAAAAAACAAUUAUUUCGCUCACGAUACAUUAAUGGAAGGAAUGAAUAAUGCUUCAAUAGAUGCAAUACAACAAAAAUAUAGCGAACAACUAAGUUUUGAGAAUAUUGGGAUUUCUAAUUUUAUGAAUAAAAAAAGAAUGUGUAUAACUGAUCUUAUAUUAGAUUGUCGCAAAAAUGUUCCCUCAGUUUUGUAUGAGAAACAAAGCUAUAGUUUACUUUUGACUGAUAGCAUAAAGAAAGUUUGGACUUAUAUAAGUACCAUCUUAGAUCAUGUUAUUCUUUGGUGGACAGAUACUCCAAUGUCAAGUUAUUCGAUAUUUUGUGUAGAUUCCAUCCGCAAAACAAUUUUUUUCGAUAACUUAAAAGAAAUUGAAGAACCUGCGUAUUCAAGCUUAAAGGCGCUUUGUGAAGUACUUACGACGUUUGCUGCAAAUAAUGUUUGGGAUAAAAUAUUUCGUAUAACUUUGGUAACAUCUUCACAUCAAAAAAAUGUCUGUAAAAAUAAAGAAAGUGACUUAGAAGCCGAGGAAAUGGGCACUUACGUCGGAAAAUUUUGGAACAGGUUGUUCGAGAACCUUAAAAUAUUCAAUAAUUUCUUCUUAGCUUCAGUAAAUAGCGAAUGGCAAAUGGCUGUAGCGGAACAAAUCCCUAUUUUACACAGAGUAGAUCACUCAAUACAUUUGAUGCGAAUAUGGGUCAACGAACAAUGUAAACUUAAAUCUUCGCAAUGGAUAAUUAAAGGAGUUUUUCAAUUGCUAAGUUAUGAUGUUGGGCAAUGCCUGGAAAUACUUUCAUUGAUUGACUCACAGAUGCUCUCUUUGGAAAAUGCUGACAUUUUGAUGACUGUAUGCAUAUCUUUGAGAGAAAAACUUAUGCUUGAAAUCAACGCUAAUAUUUACAAGUUAAAGACCAUAAGCGAAGGAUGUAUCAGUAUCUUAUCCUCAGUUUGUCGAACUUUGAGCCUAGCACAUUUUUCUCUUUCAUUUCCUUCAAGGCACCAUUGGAAACAUAGCAUUUUUAAGGAAUCCAACAGUGCUUAUGUAUCAUUUGUUUUAGACCAAAUGUUCUUACCUGCAGUGAGAGCAACUGAAGAUAUAACGAUUCUAGAACUUAUCCUUAAGCUUGUUUGCGAAGCUUGGAUUGAUUACAUUUACACCCAGCAAAUAAAGUUUUCGACUGGCGGUGCCUUAGCAUUAUUGAACGAUUUUCUCGAAGUCAAAGAGUGGUUAACUAAACUUUCCAAUCUACCUUCCUCUACUAUAACAAAACUUUUAAACCACGAAGUAUUGCAUAUGUGCAAGGGAGUGGGAAAAGUGCUCUUACGAAAACCAAACGAAAUUAUACAAAUUAUUUGCUCGCCUAAGCAUCAGAGGACACUAUAUGAAGGGUCAUCCAAAAAAACUGAGCUCCCUUCCGAAAUGUUUGUUUCAAACCAAAGAAGUUGGCUCCAGCUCAAGUUAUCAUCGGGAAAGCCAUCCUUUUCAAUUUGUGGUGCUUUAAACCAGGAUAGGAUAUAAAAGAACUGAUGGAAUUCCGUAUUACACUAUGAAAUCUACCAGGAAGUGUGGGAAGCAACUGCUUAACAAAAAAGAAUAAAUUGAUGAUGAUGCAUCCAAAACAAAAAAGAGAAUAUCAAAGAUAACUUUUAAAAAUUAUUUGGUUGGUUUAGUUGAAUAAAUGUACCACUUUUAACGAGAAA